GUCAAAAAACAGGAAUGUGCUGCAAGCAGUACUACAACUUCAGUCGAUCGUUUUCCACAGUUUUGGUCGGGUCGUGCAAAGGUUGAGUGGCCGAAAUGACUUGGAAAUUAAAGUAAGCCAUCCGCAGUCAAUUCUUUGGCUAAUAAAAUGAUUUUGCGCGACACAUCAUGGGACCAGUGAUACAGGAGGCGGUAUUUACGAAUCGCAGCGAAUUUCGAAGAUUUUCCUCUGAGAAAAAACUCUUGCUCAACAGCCGCGUUUGAGUUGUUAAUUUUUGAGAUAAAUAUGAAUGUGAUAUAAUUUUUACACCAACACGAACCAUUCGAAAGUGCGAAACCACGACGAAUUGCCAAUGAACAUUGCAAUGAUGACAUUCAUGAUGAAGAAAAAGAAGUACAAGUUCCAAGUGUCGCUGCGAUUGGACGAAUUGACAGCGGUGCCGUUCGUCAAUGCGGUCCUGUUCGCCAAGGUGCGACUUCUGGACGGCGGCAGCUUCAGAGAAACCUCCAGCCGAGAGGAGGUGACGGAGCACGCAGUCAGAUGGGGCGCCAACUUCAGAUUUGUCUGCAAAAUGUCCGCGAACAUCUCGACGGGCAUUCUCGACCCCUGCCUCCUGAGAAUAUCCGUGCGGAAGGAGGUCAAAGGCGGACGCACAUUCCAGAAGUUGGGCUUCAUCGACCUGAACCUGGCCGAGUUUGCCGGCGCCGGCGAAAUGACGCGACGGUACCUCCUCGAGGGCUACGACACCAGACACCGGCAGGACAACUCGAUGCUGAAGGUCACAAUCAGAAUGGACAUGCUGGCCGGUGAUAUCCUUUUCAAAGUUCCCACGCCUCCUGUGAUUGCUACAAAUAACCAGGAAGAGAGCGCCGAUCUCAGUGGAGGAUCAAUCGCGAGUGGCAGUUCUGGAUUUGGCAGCUUACCUAAGAAAAGACCGCCGCUCUUUGGCUCAGAGUUGGUCCCAGCCAUUGAGCAUUCCUCUGCAGCGGCAGAUCUGAUGCCGCCCCCGAUGCCGCCUCCAGACUUUGAUGCUCCGGCGGUUCCCUCGAACCACAUCACCGUGGACGGUCUGGCCCACGAGCCAGGCCACUCUCGCAACAGCAGCAACACCAGUCAAAUGUCCAAAGCGUCCGGCUACAGUUCACUAAGUCAGUCCCAACACAGUCGGCAGAGCAGCUCCGGCGACUCCGGACACACUCGGAGCCGUCGCAUUUCCACCCCCCACUCCCCCAAGUCAAUCCAACUGUCCCUUGUCCCCUUGCAUGAGGAGCCGUGGCCGUUGUCGCCCAACUACCGGCCACCCCCGCCCCCGCCCUUGGUGUGCAUUGAGCCGCGGGUCGUGUCCUCCCUGAUCGCGCUCAGGGUCAACCAGAACCUGCAGCACCGCACCCGCUACUACUCGCUGUCGACGCACUGCACCAGGAUUAACAACAACGGGCCCGCCGAGUGCCACUGCCCCCUGCAUGCCAUUAAGAAUUUGCUAGCUCAACAUCGAAAACACCACGAAGGCGCGUUGCGCGCGGCCAAGUACUCGGACGAAGACCUAGUCGAGGACAGCGACUCGCCAUCGGAGCUGCUGCAGAGGAGACGGAGCACACCGAAUCCGAGUUCAGGGUCUGGGCUGAGUGAGAGCGGAGGCGGGUCGUUGGAACGCGCUAAAAUCUCAGGUGAUAGAAGAAAGAAGGGCUUGCCUGAGGACAGCAGUCAAAGUUCAGUCAUCAACACGGGCAAGGAGUCAAGAGUUGAGGUGACCAGGGUCAAUCCGAACGAACUCAUCGCCGAACUUCUGCAAACGACAAAUCUGGAGCAGGACGAAAGUGCAGAAACUUCUGGUCUUCAACUUUUUAUCGCCAAAGACGGUUCGACCGCAUUCGGCAGUCACGACGUCAAACGGCAAGCGUCUUCUGGAGCCUUCCAGCAAGUAGUGAUGGACAAGAGCUAGUUUAGAGUGUUCGUCUCGCAUGUUCCAAAGACAAAUGGCAACUGGAAUGCUCAUUCAAAACCAUCAACUCACAUUUUUAAGUAAAAGCAUUAUUAAAUCAACGUCGUACCACAAUUGUAUGGAGGCCCAAAUUAGAUGUCGUGCUUUGUACUAGACGGUAUAAUCGCAAUUUAAUGUAGUCUGUCUCCCAUUUCAAUUGACAGAACCCGUAGAACCAAAGGCAAUGAUUUUAAAAUUUGGCUUCGUUUCAUCUCUGUCGUCGAAGAAAAUCUCAACACGGAUUGUGUACAUGAGCUUUCCAGAAAAGCCCGGAAGGAAAAUUCAUCAAGCCUGAAAAGCCAAUUUAACUUAGAAGCAAAUUAGCAAGUUUAAGGAGUGCCACGUGUUUGGUUCUAAAAGCUGAGUGGAAAUUCAAAUUGAACAGCUUUUCAAACUUUGUCAGAAGUCUGCUGGUCUACUUGCUGGGCCUUUGAUGAUAAUCAUGCAGUUAUUGAAUCGAAAUAAUGGCAACAAGUAGUUCAAAGUAUUCACAAUAAUAUAAAAUGAAGAACUUGAGACAGUUUUUAAAUUUAAAAAACUCAUUAGGCUUGAUUUUGAGAACGAGACUCAAUUUUGAAAUUUUCAAAAAUUCCGUGGUGCGAAGCCAAAAUAAUCGAUUGUUUGUGUAAAGAAAUUUUAAUCAAGGUGUAGCACAAAUUUAUUUCAUCACUUGCAUUCAAACCCAUUGACCAUAAUUAUUUUCAAAAUUGCAGUCUCGAAAAUUAAAGGAAUCAGAUGGAUAUUGCCAUUAUGUACGGAGACUUACUUAAAAGCAGCAUUAUUGGCCUUUGGAGUAUUAAAUUUGUCGCAAGUUAAGGAAGUUUCAUAAAAGUAGACGUUCAACCCCAAUAACAGAGUCAUUGCAGUUUGGGCUCAUUCUUUGUAUUCCUAUCUAACAUUGUAAUAGCAAAUAUUGUGAGUUUCCUCCAGUGAGGAGUUUUGGAAUUAUCAAGUAUGAUUGUAAAAUUCUCAAUUGAAAAAAAAAAUAGUACCGUUUGUUGUCUUCCGUUGAUCACCUACAAACAGAUUGUUCAAUUUCUAAAUUAGGGGAACUUUUCCAUUAACUUUAUAACAUGUGCGAAAGAAUUAUGAGAUGAAAAAUUAGUUGUUGUCUUUGUUUUUUACCAGUGUGAUAUUUGUCAACAUCAUAGAAUGACGUUAUAAAAGUGAAAACCUACAUUUUAGUUAUAUAUUCAUUUUGUUAAAGGUGUGCUGCAAAUUUAUGGCGCACGCUCCUUUUGUAUCUACCCCAUGUACCAUUCAUUAUACACAGUAUAUGUAAAUAUGAUUUUAUUUUUGUGUUGUAUAGCUGUACAGUAAUGUAUAGUUGGUAAUAUUUAUUAGCAGAUAAAUAGUGCAUUUUGUGCAAUGUGGAGAAACGAUGUAUGUGGAAAAUGCUGGCAUCAAAAAUUUUAAACCAGUUGAGAAAAAAUAAUAAUAAUGAUUAUAUAUUCGGCAUGUUGCAUAAAUUUCUAUCAGGCUUUGUUCUUCCUCAAUGAGGGAAAUCUGAAAUGAUCAUAUCUUUUUAUUUUUCUACUAAUGCAUGAGCAAAAAAUAAUUACGAAAGAGGUACAAUCACGGAGAAUAAUAAAAGCAAGCAAGCUGAGCCUUGAAUUAUGUAAGAACCACGAAAGUCAAUGUGAAUGAAAUUUGACAGGGACUCAAGAUCAAGAGCACCGAAGUGUGAAAACUAUUUUUUUGAAAGUGUGAAAAAACGAACCGUUCAAUGACAUGUGACGUAAAAUCAACUAACGACAUGAUCUAUUAUGUAAAAGAGCCUUAAAAUACAGCAUCGUGUGCAUCAUUUUGAAAAAGAGCCAAGAAAUGCAAUAAAAAAAUGAGUUAAAUGUAAAAAGAUUU